AUGUUUUGGUCGAUCAGCAGACGUCGCUGUAGAUAUCCAGUGAGUUUCCGAGCUCAUCUGCACACGGAGUAUAGACAUGUCACCUUACAGCUCAAUCACAAGAUUCAACAGAAUUGUGAUUGCUAUGUGACUGAUUUGAACGAGAAACUAGACUCAGAGAGCCAAUUGGAUAUUGAACUAAGUCUGCCGGCCAAAACCCCAGAGUAUCACAAGCACUUGAUGCUGGUGUCUCCGCCGGAUUCUGCGGGUUCGGAACCAGAGUGGAAAGGUAGCUGGCAAAGCCAACUAGAAUUAAAUCCCAGAUGGCCGUACUCAGCCAUUGCACAACUGAAAGGAUAUUUGAAGGAUACACACAGGGGAUCUGGAGUUCUGAUCAACGCUAUUUCCAUGGCUCGCAGCGAGACCAUUGGUACUUCCGGGACCGGCAAAAAGGCUCGUUUCUUGGCUGUGCCCGAUAUGAAGACCUAUGAUGUGGGAGCAGAUGAAUUAGAGGAGUUUGCGACUUUUUUAGGUGAGGGCAAAAUCGGCAGUCAUCACAAGAUUUCGUUUGCUGACUUCCUUGGCGGAGCUAACGCGAUCUCCAAGGUCCUUCAAGCACAGACAGAUCCUCAAAAGGGCUCCCCCUACCGCAAGUUCGAGGGGCAGGACCACCGCAAAGACAUUGUAUUGGUAUGUGGCCACCACCAGCGAGACGCUAGGUGCGGGCUGAUUGCACCAGCUUUGAUUGAAGAGCUGAAAGAUAGAGUAGAGUCUGAUCUGGCUAUCGUGUCACACAUUGGUGGGCACAAAUUUGCGGGGAACGUGAUUUUCUACAAGUAUCUCGGCACCAACCAGGACCAGACAGCUAAAGUUGAUGGAUUAUGGUUCGGAAAGAUACUUCCCGCAACAGUGGCAACUUUAGUUGAAAACCUGAAGCAAAACAACAUAGUAACCCAAUGGUUCCGUGGUGGUGCUCAACUAUAG